AAAUGUCACAUCGAAUCGAUACGCGCAACUGUUGAAAUAUAUGGAAGCUAUACUCCGUUUGUUUUCCCAGCUUUUCCGAGAUUUCCCUAACAAAUGUGCUUUCUACGAUUUUUGGCCCAGGCCAGGGGCACUUUGGGACGGCAUCUGGCGGAGGCCUCACCAGUUGCCUGGGCAGCUGCUCCCGACGUUUCUGGCCGUAAAUUACAUCUGGUAAUGGGCAACGAAUCGUGCGACUUGGACUCCGCCGUUUCGGCCGUCACUUUGGCGUUUGUCUACGCCCAGCGCCAUAGGGAGCACGACUAUGUGCCAAUACUGAACAUUCCUCGCCGGGAUUACCCGUUGAAAACCGAGGUGGGCCACUUGUUUGUGAAAUGUGGGAUUGCCGAGCCCGUGUUGCUCUUCCGAGACGAUAUUCCCCGGGAAGUGGUCCAGGAUGUGAACGUUAUUCUCGUGGACCACCAUGUAAGCCCGCUGGCCCCAAAUGUUACUGAAAUUUUGGAUCACAGGCCCUUGGAGGACAGCAGUCCAUCCUUCAAGCAGCUGCCAACACUCUGCCAACUGGACAUUGAUGCCUCGGUGGGUUCCUGCGCCACUCUGGUGGCCCAGCGGUAUUUGGCCGAGGAACAACCCAGAUCCACUAGCGUGGCUCAGCUGCUGCACGCCACCAUCGUGCUGGACACAAUUAAUUUUGCACCCGCGGCCAAGCGCUACGGGCCAAAGGACGAAGCCAUGGUACAGAAGUUGGAGAACGAGCUUAACCGUAAGGACGCUCAAAGAAGUGGCCUUUUUGAUGAGCUAGUGGCUGCGAGGGCGGAUAUUAGUAAGCUAACUCUCACCGAAGUUUUGCGCAAGGAUAUGAAGGUCUUGCAAACCGAUCGCCAGGUGGUUCCCUUAGCUGGAAUGCCCAUCCUAGUCAGAGAUUUUGUAGAGAAAAGCGGCGCCGAAAAAGCCGUUCGCGAGUUUGGCGUGGAGAGUAACCUUUUGGUUAUCCUAGGAAUGUAUGUAUCACCUGCCGAUGGCCAGGUGCAGCGUGACCUGGCCUUGAUCUCUCUCUCCGGCCAAGGCCAAUUCGUUCAACGCGUCCGUCAAGCACUGAUGGAGUCUAACGAUCCAAAACUGGAGCUGCGACCUCAUGAGGUGGACACCCGCUUCAUGGGCGGCUGCCUCUUGCGCCAACACAACGUCCAGGCCACCAGAAAGCACAUCCUGCCUAUUGUUAAGCGAGCGCUGCUUGAAUGGGAAGCGGAUCACGCUUGCGAUUGUGACGAGGUGUACUUCUUCAAGGAGAAGCCGCAGCUGGGACUCUCUUAGGAAGAGAUCAGGCCAAACGGAAGCUUAGACAAGACUUAGCUACAAUUUUAGCGCAACCAUUAUGUUACCAACGUUAAGCUUACACCAAAAAGACAGAGAAUUUCCCAUUUAGGAUGCUUCCAUAUUCCAUUUAGGAUAAAUUGUCAAAGGCAAGCGAAUGAAAUAUGGAAGCAAUCAGUAUUCCAAAUUUAAGUUACUUUGCAACCUUGGUAACAUAAAGGCAAAUCAGUUUCAGAGUAUUC